AUGGGUAGCCUACCUGAACCAGCGUAUAUCAGCGAGAUACCCAAGUUGAGGGAUUACCCAAAUAUCCGGACGUUGGGUUACGUUGCAACCAACUACACUGAUAAGGAUCUGGACAGCGUACUGGCGGAGAUUCGACAAUGGGCAAGUUGGCCGAUUCUGAUGAAUGACACGCGGAUGGCAGUCGACGGCAUAUUCUUUGACGAGAUACCGGGGUUAUACCAGUGGCAGAAGCACGAUUACUUGAGGACGACGACGGAUACAGUGCAGAGCAAUGAGCAGUUAGGUGAGAAGCUCGUUAUACAUAACCCUGGAACUCUACCCGAUUCCGUAUGGAACUACCUCGACCUUGCCAACACAACCGUCAUCUUCGAAGAUACUUUCGCUCACUUUAUUGACGCGACUAAAUUCAACGCACUCGAGGACUUCCACACUACCACCAAUCUACCUACGUCUGCUUUUUCUAUCAUGCUUCAUUCGAUCGGAAAUAUUCCCGACGAACUUGUUACGUGGACCGUAACGCAGAUGAAGCAUAUGGCGGAAUGGAACUUCGCGACCAACGUGGCGACUGCAGGGGAGUACUGGUAA